UUUACUCUCUCUAAAAAAUGUCUCGAAUAAGAAACGCUGAGGAAGAACUGAAGCAUUCCCAGAGGUUAUUAUAUACGCUUUUAAGAAUAGUCGGUGCCUGGCCGCACUUUGUCUCAACUUCUGUCUUCUCAACAAUCUCGAAAUGGUGUCUAAUAUCCAUCUGUUAUUUCUUACAAUUACUGUUGCUAAUUCCAAGCCUCAUAUAUAUAUUUGGAAAAGAAACGAAUAGUAGAAAACGAUUGAAACUGCUUGUACCUCAUAUUAAUGGUUUGGUGCAACUAACCAAAUACACGUUCCUGUUGUAUCGAAUGCACGAUUUCAAGGAAUUAAUGGAGACGAUGAAGAACGACUGGUUAAACGCUACGGAAGAGAAUCGAAAAAUUUUUCGGGAGAAUACGGAAAUUGGAUACAAAAUGUUAUUGGGACUGGCAAUUCUCAUGUACAGUACCAGUUUCUGUAAUCGGAUAAUCGUCCCACUUUGGAAAGGAAGAAUCAUCCUGCCGGAUAAUACUACUAUAAGGCUGCUAUCCUAUCAAAGCCAUUUUACAUUCUUUGAUGUACAUCGUACACCGAACCACGAGAUAAUAUUUACUCUGCAAAUUCUCGGCGCAUUUGUCAUCUACACGAUUUUAUGUGGUUCCCUGGGGCUUAUUUCGUUACUUUGUGUACAUAUGUCCAGUUUAUUGAGGAUCUUAGCGAAUAUGAUGAUCGAGCUAUCGGAUCAGCCUGACACGAGCGAGAAUGCUGUGUACAAAAUGAUCAAAGAUAUUGUUGAAUAUCGAACGAAGGUCAAAAAAUUUUCUGACAAGGUCGAACAUAUUAUGUCGUAUAUAAGUUGUUUGGAGAUUUUCAAUGGUACGUGCAUUGCCUGUCUGGUAGGAUACUGUAUUAUCAUGGAAUGGGAAAACAGCGAUACCGUUGCUGUAAUAAUCUACAUCAUGUUCCAAACGAUUUGCAUGUUUAUUGUUUUCACAAUGUGUUAUAUUGGACAACUUCUUAUCAACGAAAGUGAAAAUGUCAGACAGAUAUCCGUUACGCUGAACUGGCAUCGAUUUUCGUCGAAAGAAGUGCGCUGCCUAAUACCGGUGAUGAUUAUAUCGAAUUAUCGAAUAAAGAUCACCGCCGCCAACAUUAUAGAGAUAUCAUUGGCUACCUUCACCGACGUAAGUAUAAAAUAA